UAAACAUUUAUUAAUAAUUUUAUCAUUUAAAUGUUGACCUUAUGAUAUUGGUAUGCUUGAUUAUAGUCGCCUUACAUACUAAAAGUUGUAUAUUUAAUUGACUAAGAAUCUUUACACAUUGUACCUUUGGCCAACAUGGCGGCUUCAUUAGGACGAGUUUAUAAAAUCGGUCUUUUGAAAUCAAAUUAUGGAACAUUACUCAAUCAGCAGGUACAUAAUUUUUCUACUGCCAAGCAAUGGUCUAGAGGCAGAAAAGUGCUGUUAGCAUGUUUAGGAGUAACAGCUGGAGGUAUCAGUGCAUUAAUUUAUGCUUUGGAUCAAUCUGUAAAAGCUUUUGAUAUGGUGGCACAUCCACCAACUUAUAAAUGGGGUUUUUAUGGAAUGUUUAGUGCACUUGAUCAUAAAAGUCUUCGACGUGGUUGGGAAGUAUAUAAAAAUGUGUGUUCAGCUUGUCAUAGUUUACAAUAUAUGGCUUAUCGUCAUCUUGUGGGUGUUACACAUACUGAAGAAGAAGCAAAAGCUAUUGCAGCAGAAGUUCAGGUUCAAGAUGGUCCUGAUGAUCAAGGAAAUUACUUUAUGCGUCCUGGUAAAUUAUCUGAUUAUAUACCACCUCCAUAUCCAAAUGAAGAAGCAGCUAGAGCAGCAAAUAAUGGUGCCUAUCCACCAGAUUUAACAUUUAUUGUUAAUGGAACUGAGCAUGGAGAGAAUUAUGUAUUUUCAUUAUUAACUGGAUACUGCGAUCCACCAGCUGGUAUUCCAAUAAGAGAGGGUCAAUAUUUCAAUCCUUACUUUGUUGGUGGAGCUCUUGGUAUGCCACAAAUUCUUUAUGAUGAAGUAAUAGAGUAUGAAGAUGGCACUCCUGCAUCAGCUUCUCAAUUAGCAAAAGAUAUUGUAGAAUUUCUUAUGUGGACAUCAAAUUCAGAACAUGAUGAAAGAAAGAGACUUACUAUUAAGCUUUUGGGUGUUAGUUCAAUAGUAAUACCAUUAUUAGUAUAUUGGAAGAGACAUAAGUGGACAACUGUUAAAAAUACUAAAAUACUUUUCACUCCGAGACAUAAACCUCCACAACAGUAAUAUAAUUACAGUAAUAAAUAAAGCUACAUUAGCUCAAGGAAAAUGAUCCGACGAUGUUAGAUUCCCAUAUUGGAAUGUAGUUUUUUACUUUGUUUGAAUGUUGCGAUAUUUACAACAACAUAAUUGCACUCAAAUGAUAGACGUUUAUUUAACGCGUCAAUCGCCUUGUACAUAUAACUACAAUUAAUGAUAUCAUCGUCAGAUUUAAAUAAACUGUUAAACUUA